AAAUCUAACUUAUGCUUCAGUCAGAAAGCUUAUCUGGGGCUUUUCAGAUCCAAGGUUCAGGGACUACCUUGUGUGCCCCUGAUAUCCUUGUGAAGUUGAAUGAACUCAGCUGUUGUUUUUUCAUCUCUUUAUACAGCUUGGCAUAAUUUAUUUUAUUCAAUAACACUCCUGUGGAAUUGCUUUGGAGAAAAAAGUUGCUAUACAAGUUGAAGUUGUUAUUUUUUGUGCAUCAAAAAAGCACAUUGCCCAGAUUAUGAUACCUCUUGCUGAUACCUUUGUUAAACAACACCUUUGUUCAGUCUGCAAGAGUGACCUUGGGUUUCCAGUUGCCUGUCACUUUAAUUCACAUUCCCUUCCUUCUCUCAACUGUUCUUGGCCUCCUACAGUGUUGUCAUGAAGCUCAACGUAGGCCUGAGAAACAGCAUCUCAUCUUUCAACUUGGCACCUUAUAACCUUCAGGAUAGAGUUUAACAAUUUCAUACAAUUAGCCACUCCAGCCCUAUAUUUCACACUUCAAGCAUUUUUAAGCUCUCUCUUCUGGCUGCUUCAAAUUUCAUUCUUCUUUUCCAAUUAAUAGAUUAUUCAAACAUUACUUACGUUAUUAACUCGUUUUUACCAUUUCUUUCAGCUGACACCACCACCAAUUGUCAUUGGAUUUUUCUUGGUCUUCUCUCUCCCUCAUUGCAGAUGCUGCCUGGCCUGCUGAGGAACUCAAUACUUUUUUUUAACAUUCUGCUUUCCUGUUUGUCAUUGUCCUUUCUCUUUUAUUGCAAAAUACCACUUUCUUUCUUAUCUCUGAUUUUUUUCCCCCAGUUUUGUUGAAAAGUCAAACUUGAAUUUAUUGUGAUACGCACAAGUACGUGUAUGCACAGGUACAAUGAAAAACUUACUUGCAGCAACAUCACAGGCACAUAGCAUCAUACUGUAUAAGCAGCAUUCACAAGAAAAACAAAUAUAAUUAUGCACAUUUUUUAUAAGAAAGAACAAAAUUAGAAAAAAAACAAAGCACAUUUUAGUUGGAUUAUCAAUCAUUGUCCAUCACCCAGUGCCCCUGAUGUACGGAGGAGAGCAUUCUGACUGGUUGCAUCACUGUCUGGUAUGGAGCCUCCAAUGCACAGGAUUGAAAGAGGCUGCAGAGGGUUGUAGACUCAGCUAGCUCCAUCACGGGCACAACCCUCCCCACCAUGGAGGACAUUGUCAAGAGUCAGUGCCUCAAGAAGGUGGUAUCCAUUAUUAAGGACCCUCACCACCCGGGACAUGCGUCUUCACGUUACUACCAUUGGGGAGGAGGUACAGGAGCCUGAAGACCCACAUUCAACGAUUCAGGAACAGCUUCUUCCCCUCCACCAUCAGAUUUCUGAAUGGUCCAUGAAUCCAACCUCAUUAUUCCUCUUUUGCAUCAUUUAUUUACUUUUAUAACAUACAGUAAUUUUUCUAUCUUUAAGUCUUGUACUGUACUGCUGCUGCCACAAAACAACAAAUAUCACAACAGAUGUCAGUGAUAAUAAACCUGAUUCUGAACUGAGGAGGCAGGUAAGAGUCAAGUGGUUCCAAACUAAGGAGGCAGGUAAGAGUCGUGGAUCUAAACUGAGGAGGCAGGUAAGAGUCAAGUGGGUCCAUAAUCACAGACGGACCGGUGCAGGAAAAGACAGCAAAUAUCCACCACUGCGACUUGAGCAUUCCGAGGCGGGCGGAUUUGAGAGGGGACGAGGUCCCCCUUCACCGAACGGGAGUCAGGGGACGGAGCGGCGCCAGCGCUGUGCUGGGGGCAGGUCAGAGCCUCAUGCGGCCGGUUCCCUCCCAGGCUCCCAGCAUCCGCCGGGCGUCAUCGACCUCUGACCUGCAAGCUCACCGGGCGAAACAUCCGGGCCCUCGGCGCAGGAUGGUGUGCAGCUAAGAUGGCGGUGAUGGUCCUCCCUGGCGACUGGCUGAAGAACUGGGAGAAAGGAGGCAGAACUGACUUUGUACAAUUAUGCCGCAAUCUCAGUGAAAAUCGAAGUUACAAUGAUGUAACAUUUAAAGAUAUUCAACAAGCCUUGUAUGAGUUGGCAUGGCAUGUAAUAAAAGGAAAUCUAAGACAAGACCAAGCUGCCAGUGCUCUGAAUGAUGUAAUGGAACUUCGGGAUGAUAUGUCAUCAAUCUUGGCUGAUGUUUUCUGUGUUCUUGAUAUUGAAACAAGUUGCAUGGAAGAAAAAAGUAAGAGAGAUCAUUUUACUCAACUGGUUUUAGCAUGUUUGUGUUUGGUUUCAGAUACAGUUCUCAAGGAACGCCUGGAUCCAGAGACGUUAGAAUCUCUUGGGCUUGUAAAACAAUCUCAGCAGUUCAACCAGAAAUCUGUUAAGAUCAAAACCAAAUUAUUUUAUAAGCAGCAGAAAUUUAAUUUGUUACGAGAAGAAAAUGAAGGUUAUGGAAAGCUUUUUACUGAGCUUGGCCAAGACUUAUCUGGAAACCUCACAAGUGACCUAAUACUAGAAAACAUCAAAUCACUUAUCGGUUGCUUCAACCUGGAUCCAAACCGAGUUUUGGACAUUAUCUUAGAAGUUUAUGAGUGUAGGCCAGAACACGAUGACUUUUUUGUACCUUUGAUAGAAUCCUAUAUGUACAUGUGCGAGCUACAGACUCUCUGUCAUAUCUUGGGCUUCAAAUUUAAAUUUUAUCAGGAACCAAAUGGAGAGACGCCAUCUUCACUUUAUCGGGUAGCUGCGAUUCUGCUCCAAAACAACUUGAUAGAGCUUGAUGACCUUUAUGUCCAUCUUCUUCCUUUGGAUACAAGCAUUCUGGAACAACAUAAACGUGAAAUAGUUGAAGCUAAGCAAAUUGCACGAAAGCUCACUUUGGUAGUGCUUUCUGCAGACAAACCAGAUGAAAAAGAGAAGGAGAAGGAGAAAGAGGAAGAGAAAAAUGAAAAGCCUCCCGACAAUCAGAAGCUUGGAUUAUUAGAAGCUCUGCUGAAGAUUGGUGAUUGGUAUCAUGCACAGUGUAUCAUGGAUCAGAUACCUCCUUUCUAUGCCACCUCACAUAAACCAAUAGCACUUGCUCUCUGUCAGUUGAUUCAUGUCAUCACCGAACCCUUAUAUAGAAGAGUUGGUGUACCAAAAGGUGCCAAGGGAACAGUAAUUCAUUCACUUCGGAAUGAAAGGGCUCCAAAACCAGUAGAAACAUUUGAAGACUUGAGAAAGGAAGUCUUCAGCAUGCUCUGCUACCUUGGCCCUCACCUUUGGCACGACCCUAUCUUAUUUGCUAAAGUGGUUCGCAUAGGGAAGGCAUUUAUGAAAGAGCAUUCGUCAGAUGGAAGUAAGCAGGAUGACAAGGAGCGAACGGAGUCCCUUGUGAGCUGUUUUCUCAGUAUUGCAGACCAGGUGUUGUUGCCUUCCCUUACUCUAAUGGACUCCAAUGCAUGCAUGUCAGAAGAGCUUUGGGGAAUGUUGAAAACAUUUCCUUACCAGUAUAGGUAUCGUUUGUAUGGACAGUGGAAAAAUGACACCUACAAUAGUCAUCCUCUGCUGGUUAAAGUCAAAGCUCAGACAAUUGAUAGAGCUAAGUACAUUAUGAAACGCCUAACUAAGGAAAAUGUGAAGCCUUCUGGAAGACAAAUUGGCAAGUUGAGUCACAGUAACCCAACGAUCCUUUUUGAUUAUAUUUUAUCACAGAUUCAGAAGUAUGACAACCUAAUUACUCCUGUUGUGGAUUCUUUGAAAUACCUCACUUCCUUGAACUAUGAUGUCUUGGCUUAUUGCAUUAUUGAAGCCCUAGCCAAUCCGGAGAAAGAGAGGAUGAAGCAUGAUGACACCACUAUCUCAACCUGGUUGCAGAGUCUCGCAAGUUUUUGUGGUGCAAUAUUCAGAAAAUAUCCAAUAGAACUCACUGGUCUUCUGCAGUAUGUUGCAAAUCAGCUGAAGGCUGGGAAAAGUUUUGAUCUUCUGAUCCUGAAAGAAGUGGUACAGAAGAUGGCUGGUAUCGAAAUUACAGAGGAAAUGACAACUGAGCAAUUGGAAGCUAUGACUGGUGGAGAGCAGUUAAAAGCAGAGGGUGGAUACUUUGGACAAAUUAGGAACACAAAGAAAUCAUCCCAGCGACUAAAAGAUGCACUGCUUGACCACGACCUGGCACUUCCCCUUUGUCUCCUUAUGGCUCAGCAGAGAAAUGGUGUUAUUUUCCAGGAGGGGGGUGAGAAACAUCUUAAAUUAGUUGGGAAAUUGUAUGAUCAGUGCCAUGAUACACUGGUGCAGUUUGGAGGAUUUUUAGCUUCAAAUCUCAGUACAGAAGAUUACAUCAAACGAGUGCCUUCAAUUGAUGUUCUUUGCAAUCAGUUUCACACACCUCAUGAUGCUGCAUUUUUCUUGUCACGUCCUAUGUAUGCACAUCACAUUUCGUCCAAAUAUGAUGAAUUGAAGAAAGCUGAAAAAGGGAACAAACAACAACAGAAAGUUCACAAAUACAUCAAUGCAUGUGAAUUGGUAAUGGCACCUGUACACGAUGCUGUGGUUUCGCUUCACCCUGCCAAAGUGUGGGAUGAUAUCAGCCCUCAGUUCUAUGCCACAUUUUGGUCCCUCUCUAUGUAUGACCUUGCUGUCCCCAGUACUAGUUAUGACCGUGAAGUGAACAAAUUGAAGAUCCAAAUGAAAGCUAUUGAUGACAAUCAGGAAAUGCCCCUGAAUAAAAAAAAGAAGGAAAAAGAACGUUGCACUGCAUUACAGGAUAAACUUCAGGAAGAAGAAAAGAAGCAACUGGAGCAUGGUCAUAGAGUUCUGCAGAGAUUAAAACUGGAAAAAGAUAACUGGUUACUUGCUAAAUCUACCAAAAAUGAGACCAUUACAAAAUUCCUCCAACUGUGCAUCUUCCCAAGGUGCAUCUUCUCAGCCAUAGAUGCAGUUUAUUGUGCUAAGUUUGUGGAAUUAGUUCAUCAGUUGAAGACACCUAAUUUUUCCACACUUCUGUGUUAUGAUCGGGUUUUUUCUGACAUUAUAUACACUGUUGCAAGCUGCACAGAAAAUGAGGCUAGUCGCUAUGGCAGGUUUCUUUGUAGCAUGUUGGAGACGGUUACCAGGUGGCACAGUGACAGAACUAUCUAUGAUAAGGAAUGUGGCAAUUACCCAGGGUUUCUCACAAUCUUGCGAGCAAGUGGAUUUGAUGGAGGGAAUAAGGCUGACCAGUUAGAUUAUGAGAAUUUCAGACAUGUUGUACAUAAGUGGCAUUACAAAUUGACCAAAGCAUCUGUGCACUGCCUUGAAACUGGCGAGUAUGUGCAUAUCCGGAAUAUAUUGAUCGUAUUGACUAAAGUCCUCCCUUGGUAUCCCAAAGUACUGAAUUUAGGUCAAGCAUUGGAGCGAAGAGUGCAUAAAAUUUGCCAAGAAGAAAAAGAGAAGAGACCUGAUCUCUAUGCUCUGGCUAUGGGCUAUUCUGGCCAGUUGAAAAGUAGGAAACCAUACAUGGUCCCUGAGAAUGAAUUCCAUCACAAGGAUCCACCAGCAAGAAGCGCAACACCUGCAACAGUUCAGAAUGGACCAGGCACAGUCACACAACCUGCUGCAGCAACCACCAAUGCAGCCAAAGCUGAAGAAGGUACAAAUGAGGAAACUGAUAAAUUGAAGGAGAAAUCUCAGAGUGCCAUUAAAGUUACCAACAAAGCAGCUAAUACAAUACCCAAAGUUAUGGCCAGUAAUGGAACCAAUUCUAUAAAUAGCAACAAAGUUACAAAAGAGAAGGAAGAAAAAGAAAAAAGUGGGAAGGAAAAAGACAAGGAUAAAAAAGAUAAGACAACCCCAGCUGUUCCUCCAGAGGCUAAAGCAACAGCUAAAGAAGUAAAGGAAAAAUCAAAAGAAGAACGAAUGAACAAAGAUGAAAAAAUACGUGAGACCAAGGAAAAAACACCAAAGGCAGACAAAGAGAAAGAGAAGAUCAGGAAGGAUGACAAGACAGCAAAAGAAGAUAAAUCCAGGUUGACAUCGAGCAGUGCUGAAGCAAAAUCGCACUCGGAAAAGGAGAAAGAAAAGGAGCCAUCCAAGGAGAGAGAAGCAUUAAAGGAAGCCAAAUCAAAAGAAAGUCACACAGGCACUAAAGGAGAAAAAGCGGUCACUGCUGGGUCCUUGAAGUCCCCAGUUCCACGAUCAGAAUCUUCAGAAUCUGAUAGGGAACAAAAACGGCGCAAGCUUGAUUCCCACUCUUCACCAUCACAUUCCACUACAGUAAAGGAUGGUCUCGGUGAUCACAAAGAAUCAUCAGCAAAGCAUCAUAGCCCGCAUCAUACCAACCAUAGUACAGGCACACAGUCAAAGAGUAAAGAAAGAGAAAUGGAGAAGAAAGAAGUGGAGAAGUUAAGGGAUCGAUCAAGGGAGAGGGAAAAGAAAGAAGAUAAAGAACGAAAAGAGCGCAAAAGGGAUCAUUCAAAUAGUGAUCGAGAGAACAUACAAGAAUCAAAACGGCGUAAAGAUGAAAAUGGAACAGGUGGCUCUGGGAAACGGAGUAAAAGUGCAAGUCCAGUAGAUUCCCCACGCUCGAGUGAGAAGGAGAAGGAGAAAAAUAAGAGUUCAAAAUCUGCCUCUGGUAAAGACAGGGAUAAAAAUGACUCCAUCAAAUUAGAAAAAAUAGAGAAAAGUUCAACAGCCAGCAAAAAGGAGUCUAGACAUGAUAAAGGAGAGAAGAAAGAAAAGCGUGAGAGUGGUGGAUUGAAAGAUGACAAAAAACAUCAUAAAUCCUCAGAAAAACACAGAUAAUGAAGAAUGACACAACUAAUGGUUUUUUUUCCAUUGGACUACAAGCUGCUGCCGUGGAUUUAUUUGUGCUACUGAAUUUGGAACACAAGGACUUCAUUGGUGAGGAUGGCAAAUCAAGAGCGAGGACCUAACCGAAGCCUAUUAAAACAUUUUGUUGAAUUACUUUCACUCCAUUUUUGUUGGCCAUCGUUUAAAAGUUGAGUUGUGUUGUCUUUUUAACUUGAUGUUUUGUCUGUAUGCAUGUCAUUUUCAGUAUACUUGCAAGUGGUUUGCUCUUAAAUAUAAGCACAAUGUGCUGUACAAUGCAAAACCACAAAGUACAUUUUGUAGCCAUUUUGAGUGCAGGCUCACGUCUGCUGCAGGCUGUCUACAACCUUCCAUCUUCACCUUUAUGGCAACGAAGAUAUUUGUAUAUUAUGUAUACACUAGUAUAGUGAUUGUGUGUAAUUAAAAUCAGCCAUUGUUUAGUUUACUGAUUAAAACUAUCCCGUGCAGCAUCUUGUGUUUAUUUCAUGAAGAUUUUAAAACAAAUUGCAAGUAUUGUCCUUGAGAUGAAAUUAGGUUUAAAUUGUACAACUACAGGAGAUUUCUAUUUCCAUGAAUACCUAUGUUUGGUCAUAAAUUUUCAAAAUUACAUUUGAAUUUUUUAUCUGCUGUAUUCUACCAGUGUAAUCUUUUUCUAAAUAAAUGGAUAGUUUUCUCAGUCGGUCA